AAGCGAAAGGAAAAUUGCCGUGCUUCACUGCUGCCUCUCACCUCAGAUAGUGAAAUGACAGAGGAGCAGAAAGAGCGGGAGUCUGAGAAAGUCGGCGAGGCGACGUUGGAUGGGAGGCAAUAGUUGGCUGGGUAUGGCUUGGAACAACUGUCAAGCCAACCUCUUAACCGCUUCGGUACUGGCAUGGUUGUUAUUGAUUCCCUUGUCGAGACCUGGUACUAUGAUCACUUUGUUCUGUAGGCAUAUCUUGGCGAUGACACAUGCGAGUCCUCAGGAAGUCGGUUUCUGCCCUCACUUUGACACUUCUAAUUGGCCCGUCGCUCAUGACCAGCAACGGAUAACCGUUGCAAGUCGUGUUAUUUCAUUCAAUCCCUCUAAACCCAUACAUAUACAUUACUCGUGGUUUUAUUGGGAGAUGCACAUCUGUUUUCGCCGCACGCACCAGAGACGAUGUUACGGGUCACGAUCGAGCAUGCGUGUUGAAAUUAUCAUAUCAGCCAUGCGAUCGCAAUUCGUCGGAAGUUGAUCAUUACCGGUUUUUGACGAAAAAGGGUAAUGCAGGUACCUAAGAUCCUCUGCUCGGAAAAGCUCAGCAGUCUCGGGAAUGGACGGGCUUUGAUGGAGUAUCUUCCUGGUUACAAGUUUGGCCCAAUGCGCUAUCUAGAAGCGAUUGUCAUGGACGAUGAGUAUAAGCCAAUCACAUUAAUCGACAUAAACAAAGACACGAUAUU